CAUCGAGGCCCCUCUCUUCGGUCUCGCAGUCGCACCAAACGGCAAGAAAGUAUACCACGCAGCUCUCAGCCGCCGGACGCCGUAAACUCCCCCCCCCCCUUCCGCCCCACCCCGAAAUCAAGCUCCAAUCCAAUCCGCGCGAACAUCUGAAUCGAGAUGAGUCGCCCGGAUGAAGGGCACAGAUCGUUCUUUCCUGUGGGGAACCCCUUCAGAGUCAUCCUCCCGGGAGGACCCCACCUACCUUGGAAGCUCCAAGCCCUGCUCACUAACUACGAGGGCACCCUAGCCUUGAGCUUGAGGAAGCUCAAGCCGAAGGAUGCCUUGGAGGUCCUUACCUUGUCGUGGAUGAGGCUUGCAGUGGAUUGCCUGUCAGAGCUGCACACCAACAUAGGUACCCUGAUAACCGAGCUCAAGCUGCCUGUCUCCGAUUGGGAUGAGAAGUGGGUGGACAUUUACUUGAACAGCAGCGUGAAGCUGCUGGAUAUUUGCAUUGCACUGAGCUCGGAGCUCGCUCGGUUGGAUCAAGGGCAAUUGCUUGUGCGGUAUGUCCUACAUGUGUUGGACAGUGGAGGUGGUGUGCCAUCACGGGAACAGCUCAAGCGAGCUGAGGUAUCGCUUAAGGAGUGGAUGGACAAAGUAGGCUCAGCAUGCCCGACAAUCAAUAGCUGCUCGACGACCUUGCAGGAACUUGCUGGGAGCCUUUGUCUGAUGAAGGUCAAGAAUUCUGCUAAGGGAAAGGUGCUCAUGAGAGCCUUGUAUGGAAUCGAGGCUGUGACGGUCUUUAUUUGCAGUGUGUUUGUGUCUGCACUGUCAAGUAGCCCCAAUCCAUUGGUUGACUUGCGUAUUCCUCAAAAAUUUGGUUGGUCACAAGCCUUCAAUGAUCUCCAUGGUACUAUCUGUGGGGAACUUAGAAGGCAAUUAUCCGGAAGAAGUUUUACAGCUGUAAAGGAGCUGGAAGAAGUUGAAGCAUGUGCCAAAAAACUGCAUGUAUUGACUAGGACUGGUCAGCUUGAAGAAGAGAAUGACAACCUGGUUUGUGCUGUUAGCCACUCAGAGGAAGCGAGGACGUCAGACAGCACUGCACCAAAUGGAGACCAUGAGGGUAAUCUUAAGCUGGCUGAUGACACUAGUCAGGAAUGUGAAGUGAUCAUGUCAGAGAGUAUUGCAGAAGGAACCCAAGAAGCUGAAAUGAUGAUGCCAAAGAGUAUUACAGAAGAAGGAGUACAAGACGUAGUGAUGCAGGAUACCAAGGCUAUCAGCUAUGGAGAUGAAGUGACAAAGCUUGAAAGUAUCAGCCAAGAUAGGAACAUAGAUCAGGCAAAUGGCAUCAACAUUGAGAACAGCACCGGCGUUCCUGAGAGAACCAUCAUGCCAGAAGAUAAAGAAGAACUUCUGUACUGCAUCUCCAGCAUGUCAAAAAGUGCCGAGGGGCUCCGGCUCGGGCUGGACUCCCUGUCGAAGCGAGUCGGGGAUUUCUUCCAGAUUGUGCUUACAGGACGUGACGCCUUGCUCUGCAAUCUCAGGAUGUCGGAUGCAGCAAGCAAGGUCGCCGAGGUCAGGUCUUAAUACCAGAUGUUUCUGCUGUGUAUGUUCUCUGUUGGUGGUAUGCACGGCUGGGCAGCGCAUGCUUGUGUGUGGCACUUCGGACCCGUGGCUCCUGCUUGGCGGCACCAGCACUAAGCUGGGGCCACAUCUCAGCAGCGUUGUGCAUAAUCAUGUGCUGCCAGUUGUGUCGUGCAAAUCUUCUUACUGUCCAUGCAUGAGGCGCUGUGGUUGCACUGUGUAUCGUAGGUUCUUUAGUUCCUGUUUUCCUGUUGUUUCACCUUUUGGUAAGUAGAACUAGACGCAUGUUGAGUCUGUGCGCAACUUCGAUGGAAUGUACAGCGCCGAAAGAGCGCACGGUAACUGUAUUAUAUACACGCUGUAAGUGUACUACUCGUAACUGUAUUAUAUACAUGUUGCAAGUGUACUACUAGUAAUAGAGAUGAAAGUGCAUCGUAUGA